AUGGAAUCGGUUCGCGUGCUUGCUAUGGAUUUACCUACAGCUGGAAGGAAUGUCUACCAGUACCGUAUACUAGUAAGAGCCGAUAUCAAAUAUGUUACUGUUGAAGCUGGGGCUCUCGACGAUGAUUUGCUGAUAGACAUGGCCUUAAACUUUCACAGAAUCUUUCGUCUAGAAGAUUUCCAUUUACUCAAGUGGAACGAAGCGCGCGUUUCUCGGAAUGCUGUAUCCGGCGCAUUGUUAAAGCAGCAUUUCGCGAGUAAAGUACCCGGCGUAGAAGCAUUAUGGCAUCCGGAGAUGAUUGACUUCCCCGACAUCGAGACGGAAAAGCAGCUCAGCCCGCUAGUCCAGGAAUACGAGUGGAAGGAAGCCUCGGUGACGGACUACCGCCCGUUGGGACGCCGUUCCGACGUCGCGCCGAAAUACCUUGGUCACAUACAUGAAGAAGGCAAGGUGAAUGGCUUUCCCUUGGAAAAGGUGGAAGGCCGAUCUGCCGGCUCGGACGAUUUGGAGAUCUGCGAGGUAGCCUUGCGGGAGCUUCACAGCUUAGGAAUUCUGCACGGAGAUUGCAAUCGCCACAACUUAAUCAUCGAUUAUACUGGUAAAGCUACAGUUGUUAAUUUCGAAAAAGCCUAGGUCGGCGCGGACGCAGAGACGAUGGAGAAAGAAGUUGCUGGGCUACGAGAAAAAUUACAAGACGCAGGAGAAGAUACCGACUGCGGUGUAUAUUCGGCACGGUAGUGACCUUUCAAUGGAGAAACUUUUUUUCUUUUCGAGAAAGGAACAUGCACUAGCUGCGUGCCGAAACCGGGUUAUUUACUCGGACACGACGAUUGAUGCGAUUGUCGAGGCGUCACAUGGAGGCUGCUCUAAACCUACCUAAUGCACGCCCUGCAGGACUUACGUGCCACUCAUACACAACGUUGCAUACACCUCAUGUGUCUCAAGCUAACGAUGCGGCUAACAUGAGUAAGACAUGUAUAAGACAAGAGAGACUGAAUCAUAUGAGUAUUUAUAUACGAAACUAUUUACUCCCAUAGAUAGGUACCUGCCACUGAGAGACAGGGAAACUCCAAAAAUUUGUCUUACUACGUAGCACGCUUC